AUGAUAGCCUACUUUAAAAUAAAGAAAAAAAUAAACCCUUUUUAUAAAAGGUAUUAUAUGAGUAAUAGAGAAAUAAUAAAAUUUAAGAAAAAUAAUAAUGAUGAUAAUUCUCAGAGGAAUAAUGAAAAGAUAAAAAUUUACAAGAGUGAAAAUUUUGAAUAUUUUAAUCCAUUUGAAAUAUAUAGUUGGUCUUACAUUUUUGAUACAAAAAAUGAAAAGUUAAUAAAUGAUAUAAUUCAAUACAAAAAAAAAAAAAAAAAUGUAACUUUACUUGAUUUUUAUAAAAUUAUUAAUCGUUAUAAUAUUGUAAUAAAUGUCAAUGAAAAUGAUAUGUUUGUUGAAAAUAAAAUAAAUAAUUAUUUCUUUAAUUUUAUGAAUAAUAUAGAAUAUUAUUUUAAUAAUUAUGAAUACCUGAACAAAUUUUUAAAAAGUUUAAAGAAAAAUGAAUCUUUUAUUUUUUUUUAUAUUUAUAACAAUUUAAAAUUUCUUCAUGUAUUGCCAUUUAAAUUUUUUUGGCACUAUCAGAAUUAUGAGGAAUUGUAUAAUUUGUGUAGUAAAAAUGAAGAGGAAAAUGAUAAUGAAUAUUUAUUUAAUAACUUAGAUUUAAAUAAAGUUAAUUUUUUUUUAAGAGAAGAUAUGAUUAGUAACUUAAAGAGUACAGGUGAAAUUGAAAAAGGAGAAGUUGAAGAUAAAAAUGUUAUUAUGAAUAAACAUGAAAAUGAAAAGAAAAAUGAAGAAUUUAAUUAUGGAAAUUAUAAUAAAACUAACAAAUACAUUAAGAAUUUUAUACCAAAAAAAAACGAUUAUGAUAUUAAAAAUAACAUAUAUAAAAUAAAAAGUGAAAAUGAAAAUAAUAUCAAAAAUGGCAAUCAAAUUACAAGAAAAAGUGAGAAUAUAAAAAGUAAACAUGAACAUAAAAUGUUUAGUAAUUUUAAAUUGAUAAAUCAAAAAAAGUAUAUAAGCAAUAUGAUAUCACCUAAUAAUGUUGAAAAUAUAUACAAAAAAAAAUUAAAAAAUGAUGAUUAUAAAAAUUUUGACAGUGGGAAAAAGUUAAAUAGUGUUGAAAAUGAAAAUAAUGAUAACUUAAAAAAAAAAAUAAAUGUUUUUAGAGAUAAUGAUAGUAUGAAUGAUAUAAAUUUAAAAAAGAAUAACAAUAAAUCAUAUAAUAAUGAAAAUUUAGAUAGAAAUGAUGAACAAAAAAAAAAAGAAAAUCAAAUAUACGAAAAAGUUAUAGAAGAAGAUGAUUUCAGUUAUGAUAUAAAUAUUUUAAAUAAAAAAAUAACAAAUAAUGAAAAGUUAGAACAGAAGAAAUUUAGAAUCAGUAAAGUACCAGUUUCUUCAUUUAGUAGAGCAUCUGUUUUUGGUAAAGUUUUUUUUAACAUAGCAAAAAAUAGUAGUUUUGAAUAUAUAAAAAAUAUGUUAAUAAACAAGAAUAAUAGUAAAGACGUAUUAAUAAAUGAAAAAAAUGCUGAAAUAUUAGCGAAUGGUUUAAGUAAAAUGAGAGGAGUGGUUUUAAAAUUAGGACAAAUGAUUAGUAUGCAAGAUGAAUAUAUAUCUCCUAUAUUAGCAAAAGCAUUAAAAAUAGUUCAUAAUUCGGCAGACAUAAUGCCAAAGAGUCAAUUAAUACAAGUUUUAACAAGUGAAUUAGGUGAUGAUUUUGAAAAAAAAUUUGAUUUUUUUAAUUAUGAACCUUUUGCAAGUGCAUCAAUAGGACAAGUACAUGAGGCAUUAAUAAAUAACAACAAAGUUGCAGUUAAGAUUCAAUAUCCUGGGGUUUAUGAAUCUAUAGAAAAUGAUAUAAGAAAUUUGUUAUUUGUUAAUCAAUAUACCAACUUAAUAUUAAAAAACUUAUAUAUUGAUAAUUUGUGUAAUGAAAUUAAAAAAGAAUUAAAGUGUGAAUGUGAUUAUAUAAAUGAAGCAAAAUAUUAUGCUCUUUUUAGAAAUAUUUUUCAAAAAAGUAAAUAUUUUUAUGUACCAUCUAUUUAUAGUGAAUAUAUAACGAAGAAAAUUUUAGUAACAUCUUAUGUAAAAGGGAUAUCAAUUGAUGAGGUUGCUGAAAAAUUUCCUCAAAAUAUUCGUGAUUCAAUUGGACAGAGAAUUCUUUAUUUAUGCUUACAUGAGUUAUUCGUUUUUAAAAUUAUGAAUACAGACCCCAAUUUAGGAAAUUUUUUAUAUGAUACAGAAAACGAUAAAUUAUGUUUAAUAGAUUUUGGUGCAACAAGAUCAUAUAAAAAUGAGUUUGUUGAUCAGUAUUUAAGAUUAGUUAAAGCAUCAACAGAAGAACAUGAAUCAAAGAUUUAUCAUUAUUCAUAUAUGCUUAACUUUUUUAACGGAAAGGAAAAUGAAGAAAUGAGGGAUUCUCAUAUUAAAUCAGUUAUAUUAGUUGGAGAACCCUUUAAAACAAAAGUAUAUGAUUUCGGUAAAGGUGAUUUAGCAAAACAAAUUUAUAAUUUAUUACCAAAAAUUAUAUAUAAUAGAUUAAUACCACCUAGAUCUGAAAUUUACACUUUACAUAGAAAAUUAUCAGGUUCUUAUCUUAUUUGUAUGAAAUUAAAAGCAAAAGUAAAAGCUGCAGAUAUUUUUAAUUCAAUAUAUAAAAAUUAUAAGUUCUCCAUAUCUGAUACAUAUAAGGAAAAUAAAAAAUGA